UCCAACUGAAGAGCUGAAGUAAACAAGGAAGUGCAAAUAUUAUGUUUUCGUUGAUUUUAUUGUUUCUUAACGAUCUGAUAGAAUGUUUCAGGCCAAUAUCCAUUGAAAAAUGUUGAAAUGAAAUUACAUUUCAUCAUUAUUUACACUGUCAUGGAUCUUAUCAUCAGAGGUUGAUGUUAGAGGCUACAUGUUGCCCUGUGACUAAUUGAAAAUGUCGCAACAUCAAGAACCUCCAGUUGUGUUUGCCCAGGAACCUAGUCAACAUUUCAAAUGUCCAUCCUGUCACAAGUUGUAUAUUGAUCCAGUUAUCAACAUAGGAUGUGGUCAUACAUUUUGUAAAAAAUGCUCCCAAAACAUCUCUUCCUGCCCAGUCGACGGAAACCCAUGUGAUCCAAAUCAGAUGGUCGUGAAUAGACUUGUUGUUGGCCAGAUAGAUGAUUUAUUGAUCUACUGCAAGUAUGGAUUGAUAAAGGAGGAGGAUGCUUAUGUACCCGAUCCAACUGGCUGUCAGCAGAAAAUUCAUCUAGGUUCAAGGUCAAGUCAUGAAGAUAGCUGUGAUUUUAUGCCAGUGACCUGCUCUAACAGGAACUGUAGUGCCUCACUGAGGAAAAGGGAACUAGAAGAACAUAAGAAAGUAUGUGUGUACCUGACAUGUGUUCAUGAAGACAAGGGUUGUGAGUUCCAAGGUCAACAAGAGGAAGUGAGUGAACAUGAGAAAAUCUGUGGGUACCGGGGUCUACAGAGCCUUUGUAAACAGUCUGCUGGUACAGAACAAAAGACUCUUCAGCUUGAGGAGAGUAACAAAGACCUACAGAAACAGAUUACUACAUUGAACAUGCGUGUUGGUCAGUUAGAGGAGACAAAUACCUCUCUACAUGGUCAACUUACAGAAUGUCUUAGCACAAUGAAGGAUAUGCAGCAGAAGUAUGAUGGGCUUGUGUCUACAAUGGAACAGUUGACGUCUGUGAGAAACAGGAGGUCAUUCGGUUCUCCUGGUAAUACUGCCGAACCAAGGUCAAGGUCAUCAUCACAUAACUUGUACCAUCAAGCCAUUAGUUCAUUUAGGAAGUCUUUGUCAGGGAGUCCGCCAACAACCUCAAAAUACGAGAGAUGGAACAUGCCGUUCCAGUUCAAAUGUAUUGGAACACUAAGAGGGCACCAGAAUGUUGUUUGGUGCAUGGCAACCAAAAACAAGAAGCUUUUCACUGCUGGGGCAGACUGUUCUAUAAAGGUUUGGGACCUUGAAAAUUUACAGAGAGGAUGUAUCAAAACUAUACAGGGACAUUCAAAUUCUAUACAAAGUAUGUGUAUAGGUGGGAAUUUUCUGUACACAGGUGGGCAUGACAAUGCAAUAUACUGCUGGAGCUUAGAUGAUUAUAACCUUGUCACCAAAGUUGAAAACGCUCAUGACAACAUUAUAUGUGCUAUGGCUGUGAUAGGAGAUUUUUUGUUUACCUCUUCAUUCUCACUGAUCAAGGUAUGGGAGUCAAAAUCAUUGGUACAGAAGCACACAAUUCCUGGUCUACAUCACUGGGUUAGAGCUCUGGCAUUGAAUCCUGAAAGGGACAAGUUGUACAGUGGUUCGCACAACACUAUAGAUAUUUGGAGUGUGACAGAACCAUUUGGUUUGAAGGGUAAAGUUGACCACCAGUUUGGAUCCAUUUAUUCGCUUGCCAUUACAUCAAAAUAUAUAAUAGCAGGUACAUACAACAGAAAUAUACAUGUGUUCAAUGUGAACACGUAUGAGCACCUGAAUGCACUGAAAGGUCACAUAUGGGUUGUAACCAGUCUGGUUGUAUCACAGUGUGAAGGGUUCUGUUUCUCCUCUUCUUCUGAUAGGACUAUCAAGAUCUGGAAUUUAGAGAAUAUGUUACCAAUCCAGACAUUACAGAGACAUGAGGGGAGUGUAAACACUCUCGUUGUCCAUGGAGAUUUUCUCUUCUCAGGAUCUGAAGACAAAGAAAUCAAGGUAUUCAUGUAUUUCCAAAUGCAGAUGGGAUUUUCAGUGAAUACCUGAGUGGGAGCAUUACAGAUAAUUGCUCAAGAAGAGAUACAGUAUUGACUCUAUUAUCAUCAUGUGCUGAAAUCUUCAUGUACAUUCUGUGGAAUAUUCUGCUGCAGUCUUACUUGUUUAUCAUACAGAGGUGCAAGCCUGGUGAUAGUUGUUAAAAGGGAGGUAGAUCUCAUUAAGUGUAGUGCUAAAACAGCGUAUAGUAAAAUACUUUGCAAUACCUUAACUCCAUGUCAGAUACGUUUUUGUAUGGUAUUGUUUAUGCAGAACUAGGACACAAAUAGAUUAAUAUAUGUCAGCUGCAUUUAUGAACUUUCAGUGUCAUUUCUGAACAAAGCAUUGUUCUGCAAGCGAGUCCUUUUUUAAUGUGAUAACACAGUAAAUGUAUGCAAACUUGAAGUUUUAUUAUUUUAUUAUGUAAACUAUGAGUUAAAGGACUCUGGCAUUACACAGUGUAAGAGAUCCUUCCUUCAUAGUUGAUUUAAGAUCAAAUUGUCGAUAUAUUAACACAUAAACUGACUAUUAUAAGAAAUCUUACAUUUUUUUCGCAUGAUGAUCAAGUUGCAGUUGUGAUAGCGUGGAUACCAGCAUAAUAAAAAGUUAUCUCACCUUAAUAUUUCCCUUGACAACCUCUCUCUCCCUUUUUUCUUUAGAAAACACAUUUGCUUCCAGGUGUCUACACACCUCAGUAUGAAAUACAGGCAAAAAUAAAUUUUACACAGGAAACAAUACCAUGCAUACCUCAUACAUUUAUUAUAUGUAUAUCAUAAAUUGUGUGAUAUAAAUAAUUUGUUACUUUUUAUGUUGUUGUUGGAGAUGGGUGGGUUGAGGGGAGAUUUGGAAUGAUCACAGGAAGCGGGUUGGUUGUAUGGAGUGUAUCAACUUGUCAUUUGGGAGGGGUAGGUUGUGGGGGGUACUUUGACUUGUUGCUGGGGAG